AUGUCACUAGCCCCGCCGGGAGCUGAACCUUUUAGCGGCGGAGCUGCAGCUGUGCUCCUCUCAAAGACAUGUCAGAACUGCUUCUCGCUGAAGAUUCGAUGCGACCGCACCCAGCGCCAGGAUAUUUGCGACCGAUGCGCCCGCCUGGGCAAGAACUGCGUAUUCCGGCCAGCCCGGCGACGCGACAACUCCGCCAAGCGCGACUCCCGCAUUCACGCUCUCGAACAGCAAGUGAAGGAUCUACUACAACUGCAGCAGAAAGGCCCCGUUGUGCAGCAACCUCUCCCUGAAGGCAUCGCGACUGCCGCUCGUCAGAGCUCGCCACCCGUCGCUGGUGAGGGUGACAUUGUUGACGAUGAUGUUGUGUCUAUCGAGAGAGCUGAUACGCUGGUGGAGAUGUACAAGACGGACAUGAUGCCGCACUUCCCCUUCGUUAUAAUACCUCCAUAUACGACCGCCGGCGAUAUACGACAUGCGAAGCCGUUCUUGUUCCUAGCCAUAAUUUCGGUAGCCUGCUUUCACGACCUCCAGACGCAGGACAAGCUGUACCAUCGAUUCAAGUAUAUGGUUAGCGAUAAGGUGCUGUAUGGCGGCGACGAAUGUCUAGACCUACAAUACCUGCAAGGUCUUUUGAUCGCACUGGCUUGGAAUCAAUUCCACGGACGUUCGAAGAAUUACUCUCAAUAUCUCCAGCUCGCUAUAUCGAUAGCCGUUGACUUACGCCUCGAUCGCAAACCGAUACACCAGAAGCCGAACGAAGGCAGCAAGCGAGACCCUAUAGCCAGAGAACAAUAUGUGGGCGAGGGCAAUUCAGACUCAGCCGCACAGCGAGCAGCUGCAGGCAUCUUCUACAUAGCAUCCACCAUUGCAAAGUUGCUUGACAAGAUGAAUACGUUCGCAUGUACGCCAUUUAUCGAGGAAGGAUGUCUAGCCCUGCAACAGAAGGCCGAGUACAGGACGGAUAAGGAUCUCUACCAUGUCAUACGCUUGCAGCGAAUCAUCGAAAACAUCGAUCAGAUCGCAAAAGCAGCCCAUCACUCGGAUGCUGAAGCACACUCAUCGUACCUGCGCGUACGGGCAGAACUUGAAGAGUUCAGAGUCUAUUUGUGCUCUGAUGUCAGUGAUAGUCAUCUGCUGUUCAUGCAGUUUCAUACGGCAAAGCUGUUCCUCUACCAAGUUGCAUUCUUUGAGCGUAACUUGCAGCGGUCUCCAUACCUACACCUGAAUAUUCUGUGUGAGGGAUUGGAAGGCGCCAAGUCCUUCCUUGAUCUGUACCUGUGGCUGCCUCCAAAGUCAGAAAUGGCUCUCACCAAUAUCGAGUGGAUACAGCUAUCUUUUGGGGUCACACUUGCGGCCAAAUUUGCCAUUGUUAGCAGGAAUCCACACGUUGAAGCCCAAACUCGUGAACUACGGCACCGUCUGAACAUUGACCAUGUCUUCCGACAUCUGGCUUUGCGAAUUGGAGCGUUGGUCGGGAGAGCUGGAGAUGGCAACAAACAAAAGGACAUAUUCUACUACUAUGAACAGCGUACCCGCAAGAUCCAGAAUUGGUACGAGAAGAUGAUCCGAGCUACUGGUACCGUCAGCCCUCCCCAGGCUGCCCACCAACAGGCACCGUCAUCUCAUCCUCAGCCACAACCGUCUCUGGCUGUUUCGGCGACGCCAUCUGGCGUUCCGAUAUCGACAACUUUCUCGCAUCAGCAAGCGCAGGUAUACACAGCGCCCAUCAACUACCCCGAUUACUCUCUGCCCCAGAACGUGGGUCAGCAGCCUAUGCAGCCGCCCAUGCAACCUCCACCGAUGGCGGCUGUAGGCAUGAUGCCGAUAAGCUCAUACCAGCAGUACAGCCCUACGCCCGCCAUUGCAUUCCCAGAUCUCAUGAUAGCGCAAGGCUGGGACAGCAUGUUUGCUAUACCCAUGGAGCAUGAUGCACUAUUCGACGUGAAUCAGGGCUACGGUCUGGGUAUGGCCAGUCCACCAAGCGACGGGUCAUCAUGGGCUGAGAGUCCGGUUAGUCAGUAG